UCAAAGAAUCGAUCCCCAAUCUCGUAGAAUCCCCAGUCUCGCACAAAAUGCCGCCGCUCGUUUCCCUCACGCCGAUGAGUUCUCCCUCACCGGCCGCCGCCCCUUCCCCAAACUCCUACUCGCUGGAUCGGCCGCGUCGCCACAGAGCUAGGCACCCCAACCGGCAGGGCCACCACGGCCUCCCCUCCUCUGCUCCCACUGCUCUCCUUGCCUCCCGUCUCCUCGAGCUGCGCGGGCGCCGAUCGCUUCCCACCUGCCGGAUCUGGCCAUCGCGCCGCCGGGUCACCUCUCCUUCCCGUCCUCUCCAACCUCCGUCCCUCCAAACUCAGAUCCGGAGGGCCACGUCAAACACAUACCCGAAGGCCGGCGACGGCAGAAGCCAUGGUUAACUCCUCCCCGAAUCGUCUCUCCUCUCCCAAUUUCGCGUUGGAGUUCCUGAAGCUUGAUUGUAUUGGAGUUUCUCGCUGCACCGCCAUCCCCAAUCUCGGCCUCUCUCCUCUCCGAUCUCGUAUGCGCCCACCUCCCUUUCUCAUUCGAGGCCGAAGAUCCCUGCCCUUCGCCCCCCUCCCUUUCUCAUUCGAGGACGACGCUGCAGCCUCAGAGGUCCCGGCUGCUUCCCCGCGUCACCGCUACCCAAGGCGAGGAGACGCCGCCCCGUUCGCCUACCCUCACACCCGUGACGACAGGGUCGUGAGCACUGUUAAACACGAGAAGGCCGCCAAGCACCGCCGCUUGAAGAUCUCUGGAGCUCAAUUUACUUGUCCCUCUUGGUUUUCUGAUGGAGCUAAAAGAUUGCCAGAAUUCUUGAUCCUAAUCCUUCUACUGUGUCGUCAGGAUCAAGGUCUUCGUCUGCUAUGUCCUCGUCACCAGGGUCAGGCAUGGGUGAAGCACCCGCAUUCUCAAUAACUGAAGCAUCACCACUGACCCCUUCCACGUCGGUCCUACGCCAAACUGUCAACUCAUCUUGAUUAUGUUGAACAUUCAUAUGUUCCACUCCUACUACGAGUGAGUCAGCAUCGGUAUCAGCAACAAUAUUAGAACUGUCUUCUCCUUCAGGCAUUGCAAACAGGUUCCUAGGUUUCAGUCUAAGGACGCUGCACCAAUUAGCUCUCUUAGCGGUUUUCACAUAACACACCUGCUCAGCCUGUGUGGCCAGGAUGUAUGGCUCGUCUGCAUAUCGACGCAAAGUGGUAUCAAUAUCGAUGAUCCCAUAUUGAUCUUUAUUGAACCCUCUUGAUUUCGUCCUAUUUGCUCCAGGAACAUCAAACCACUCACACUCGAACAAUACGACUUCCUUCUCGUCAGGAAAUUCAAGGGUAAUGAUUCUUUUAAGAACUCCGUACCACUCCAUGCCAUCACCCAUGACAACAACACCACUGUUCUGAGUGACUAGGGAUUUCUCUAGAUCAAUGGUCCGAAAGAGAAAGCCAUUAAUGACACACCUAUUGGACACACGAA